CUAAACCGGGACUAAACCAGGACUAAACCAGGUCUGAACCAGGUCUGAACCAGGUCUGAAGCGGGUCUGAAGCGGGACGAUGGAAGGGGACGGUGUGCCCUCGAUCCUGGACAUCUCCAUCACUCUCGGGCUGCAGCCGAACGACGGGCCCGUGUACUUUAAAGUGGACGGGACUCGGUUCGGUCAGUGCCGGACCAUCAAGCUCCUGACCGGCUCCAAGUACAAAGUGUCCGUGGUCAUCAAGCCCGGGUGCGCCGAGGCCACGAGCAUGAACAUCGGGGGCGUGGUGUUCCCUCUGGAGGAGCAGUCCCGGGACGAACAGAGUGUUGUGUACGAGGGAAAAUACAACACUGAAGGAGUCCCACACACCAAGAGCGGAGACAGGCAACCUGUGCAAGUCAGCAUCGAGUUUAAAAAAGCCGGCACGUUUGAGACGGUGUGGCAGGCGAAAUUCUACAACUACUACAAGAGAGACCAGAGUCAGUGCGGAAACAAGUUCAGCUCCAUCGACUACGAGUGUAAACCCAACGAGACCCGGACGCUCAUGUGGGUCAACAAGGAGGCGUUCAACUGA